AUGCUACAGACCAGAGAUGAGACAAUAGGCAACAAAUCGAUGGCAUAUCAAAGAAAAUUGACGAAACGCUUGAAAUCAGUGGUAAUUAUACCGAAAACUACUGUCAAAACCGAUGCCAUCGAUGAAAAGUCAAAGCCUUCAUCAGAGAUGAAACGCCGACUCGACAAGUCUGAUUGGAGUGAAGGCAAGACUAGUGCCAAACGCGUGAAACAAUCGAGUGAUAGUCGGGCCAAGAGUUGGCCAUCGGUUGAGUCGCUGUCCCGACACUCUUGUGUGCGUCCGUUGGGUCGGGCGGACGAUUGGGGGCCACUCUCGCACUCACACGAACUCAUGCCUAUGGAUAACGUGCGGUAUUGGCAUCAACACCAAUGCGAACGAUGCCAUCAACUCUUCGAGCAUAAGCACAAACAACGGGGCAAUCAGUCCAUGGAUUUCAACCGACAUGUAUGUAAUUAUUGCGGCGGCACUUCUGGCAGUCGUCGAGUUCUCUGAUUUGACAAUUAGGCAAUUAAUUGC